CUGCCUUGGGGGAUCUACCCCUCGACAGCACUUCCAAGUGGCCGCCACGUGCCUAACCUAAGAAUCGCCGCCGCGCCGCAUCACUCGGCUGGCUGGCCUGGCUGGCCGUUGACGUCUUUCUGUCCCUCGUCGAGACUCCGGGUUUCUUCCUCGCGACACAAUACGAAUACACGCGAGCGUUCUCUUUGUCUCACUCUACACCAUGUCUGCGAACACACGAGGCGCCCCGCAAAUGCCCCCGGCCCCUAAUAAGGAAGAUGCCGUAGCAACGUGGAACUAUCUCGAAGCUGGCAUAGACCGUGUCAUGCUACACUUGGAGCAUGGCAUCGAUAUGCACACGUAUAUGGGUGUCUACACUGCUGUCCAUGACUUUUGCACCUCUCAGAAGGCGGUUGGCUUGGGAAUGUCCAGCGGGGCGUCGAUUGGCAGUGGGAAUCAUAGAGGGGCACAUCUCCUCGGCGAGGAACUCUACCGAAAGUUGUCGGAUUAUCUGACAAAACACCUCCACCAGGUCCUUCAGGAAGCGAGGACUCAUUCGAACGAGGCUCUCUUGGCCUUCUACAUCAAAGAAUGGAACAGAUACACCAACGCGGCCAAGUACAUCCACCACCUCUUCCGCUAUCUGAACCGCCACUGGGUCAAGCGCGAGAUGGACGAGGGAAAGCGGAACAUAUAUGAUGUCUACACCCUACACUUGGUCCAAUGGCGCGAAGAACUAUUCAAGAAUAUCUCAGACAAGGUCAUGGACGCCGUUCUCAUGCUCGUGGAGAAGCAGCGCAACGGCGAGACCAUCGACCACAGCCAGAUCAAACAGGUCGUCGAGUCGUAUGUGUCCCUCGGUCUCGACGAAUCCGACCCCACCAGAUCGACCCUCGACAUCUACCGCUACCACUUUGAGAACCCCUUCCUUGCCGCGACCGCCAAGUACUACGAGAACGAAUCGAAACAGUUCUUCACCGAGAACAGCGUGGUCGAGUACAUGAAGAAGGCGGAGACACGCCUGGACGAGGAGAAAGACCGCGUGGACAUGUUCCUCCACCCGGACAUCCUCCAUGCACUACAGAAGACGUGCGAGAAGGUGCUGAUUAGCGAUCACGCGACCCUGCUGCGGGACGAGUUCCAGGUGCUCCUCGAGAAUGACCGCGAGCAAGACAUGGCGAGAAUGUAUGGACUGCUACAGCGCAUCCCCGAAGGACUGGAGCCGCUGCGUCAGCGGUUCGAGACGCAUGUCCGCAAGGCGGGCCUCAACGCCAUCGAGAAGGUGGCAUCAGAAAACCCGGAGAAGCUGGAACCGAAGAUCUACGUGGAUGCCCUGCUGGAGGUGCACACGCAGUAUUCGGGACUGGUGACACGCGCCUUCAGGGAGGAAGCCGAAUUCACGAGAUCGCUCGACAACGCCUGCAAGGAGUUUGUGAACAGGAACGAGAUCUGCAAGUCGGGGUCUAACAAGUCCCCCGAGCUGCUCGCCAAGUACACCGACGUUCUCCUUCGUAAGAGCAGCACGGGCAUCGAGGAGGCCGAGCUCGAGGGCACGCUGGCGCGCAUCAUGAUCGUUUUCAAGUACAUCGAAGACAAGGACGUGUUCCAGAAAUUCUACUCGCGCAUGCUCGCGCGGCGACUGGUGCACAGCAACUCGUCCUCGGACGAUGCCGAGACGAGCAUGAUCAGCAAGCUCAAGGAGGCCUGCGGAUUCGAGUACACCAACAAGCUGCAGCGCAUGUUCCAGGACAUGCAGAUUUCCAAGGACCUCAACAACAGCUACCGCGAGCACUGCGACAGCCUGGAGAGCAACAAGGCGAUACUCGAUUCGCAGUACUCCAUCCUGGGCACCGGGUUCUGGCCCCUGCAGGCGCCCAAUACGAACUUUUCUCCUCCCGGGGAGAUCAACGAGGAGAUCGAGCGCUUCACGCGGUUCUACAAGAACAAGCACGAGGGCCGCAAGCUGACUUGGCUCUGGCAGCUGUGCAAGGGAGAACUCAAGGCCGGGUACUGCAAGUCUAGCAAGAUGCCGUACACGUUCCAGGUAUCCAUGUACCAGAUGGCCAUUCUCCUCCUUUUUAACGAGAAGGACGUGCACAGCUACGAUGACAUUGCCGCGGCCACACUCCUGAGCCAGGAGGUGCUCGAUCAGGCGCUCGCCAUCCUUGUGAAGGCGAAGAUUCUCCUAGUCUCGCCUGAGGGCAAACCAGAGUCGGGGUCUGAGCUCCGGUUGAAUUUCGACUUCAAGAGCAAGAAGAUCCGCGUGAACCUGAACCUUGGCGGUGCCAAGGAGUCUAAGCAGGAGGAGGUCGAGACGAACAAGACCAUCGAGGAGGACCGAAAGCUUCUCAUUCAGUCCGCCAUUGUCCGUAUCAUGAAGGCGCGAAAGCAGAUGAAGCACAUGCAGCUUGUCAGCGAGACGAUCAACCAGAUCAAGGCGCGCUUUGUGCCCAAGGUGCCGGAUAUCAAAAAGUGCAUAGAAAUCCUCCUCGACAAGGAGUAUCUCGAGCGACUAGAGGACGACGACCUCGGAUAUCUGGCGUAGACGAAGCUCGUCGAGAUGAAUAAAGCGAGAUGUUAAAAAUGGGCAGGGAAGUUUUCAGCCCACCUCAAUCUAUUCCCUUGCACAGGGUACGCAGCCGACUAGGG